GUUUGUGACCAAAUCGAGAGAGAGAGAGAGUGUGUGUGUGUGUGUAACUAAGCAUGGAUCCGAGACUAGAGGAAGCAGCUUAUGCGGGAGACCUCACUUUGUUGCGGCGUUUGCUACAAGAAGACCGGCUCCUGCUCCACAGGCAAGCCAUCGCCGCGGCUCACCUGUCGGACAGCCCCCUCCACAUCGCUGCAUCGCUCGGCCACUCCGACCUGGUCCGGGAGAUCCUCGCCGUAAACCCGGAGCUCGCGCAUGGCCGCAACAGCGAAGGCCUUUCCGCCUUGCACCUGGGCGCUGCCCAAGGCCACUUAUCCGUGGUGAACGAGCUGCUGCAGUACGCAGCCGCUGCCAAUCUCUGCUUGGCGACCGACAACGAUGGCUUAAUGCCGGCCCACACUGCAGCCUUACGAGGCAGGCUUGAUGUAUUGACUGUGUUACUGGAUGCGUGCCCGGAGUCCGCGCGAGCUGUGACAUCGCAAGGUGACUCCAUCCUUCAUCUUACUGUGAAAUCAAACAGCUUCGAGACCGUGCAGUUCUUGCUGAACAGAACGGAUGAGAACGAUGAGCUACUCAACUCUGGAGAUGCGAAAGGCAACACCGUCCUGCACCUUGCUGUGGCCAGAAAACAGCUCCAGACCGUGAAGUUGCUUCUGGGAAGGCGAGGUAUCGAAGUUAACGCCACAAACAUGAGAGGCGACACCGUCCUUGAUAUGCUACUGGAUUCACCCUGCCAACAUGGAGAUCUAUUGUUGGGAGACCUGAUUCGGGCAGCAGGUGGAAGAACCGCCGCAAAAGAAGAAAGGAAGACUCAGCCGAAAUCGUCACCGAGUGAUGCCAGAGCCUCUGCCACUGUCGCGUCACACAGAAGCCGACCAAAUCGUUCUGAACGUAAAGAAAAGUACAACAACAAACCAGAAGCACUAAUGGUGGUGGCGACGUUGAUCGCCACCAUCACAUUCCAAGCUGGGCUGACCCCCCCUGGUGGGUUUAAGCAGAAAGAUGAUGGUGGGCCGACUCCCCCCAAUGCAGAAGUCAAUUUUGAUGGGAGUUCAAGUGAAGGGGAGGCAGUUCUAAAAGAUGGUCUCAAGUUAUUCCUGCUGUUCGACAUGUUCGCGUUGUUUGCAUCCUUGAGCAUCAUCCUCUUGUUGAUAUGUUGUGUGCCCACACAGACUAAAAUGAUGACGGGAACCCUAAAGUGGAUUCUAUGGCUGGCGGUGUUCUCGACGGCAUUAGCAUUCUCGACCGCCAUUAUGCGAAUAUUUCCCUAUCAGCUCGACACUGUCAUCCUUCUCAUGAGUUGGUUGGGAAUCCUCAGUCUCUUCAUGGUUUGGGUGUGCAUUAGAGCGAUCAGGUGGUUGUUGCGCAAAGGUGGAUGCUGGAAGAAGAAAGAUGGAGAAGGAGGAAGCCACGGAGGCCCCAGAAGGGCCGUUGCCAUCGGCGCGAAGAUUGUGGUGGGCGUGUUGAUAAUAAUUAUUUUUGGAGUAGUUCUUAUUGUAAAUUAUUUAGUGUUUGUUUAUGUAGCAAAUAGGUCAAAUAAUCUAAGCAUGGAUCCGAGACUAGAGGAAGCAGCUUAUGCGGGAGACCUCACUUUGUUACGGCGUUUGCUACGAGAAGACCGGCUCCUGCUCCACAGGCAAGCCAUCGCCGCGGCUCACCUGUCGGACAGCCCCCUCCACAUCGCUGCAUCGCUCGGCCACUCCGACCUGGUCCGGGAGAUCCUCGCCGUAAACCCGGAGCUCGCGCAUGGCCGCAACCGCGAAGGCCUUUCCGCCUUGCACCUGGCCGCUGCCCAAGGCCACUUGUCCGUGGUGAACGAGCUGCUGCAGUACGCAGCCGCUGCCAAUCUCUGCUUGGCGACCGACAACGAUAGCUUCAUGCCCGCCCACACUGCAGCCUUACGAGGCAGGCUUGAUGUAUUGACAGUGUUACUGGAUGCGUGCCCGGAGUCCUUGCGAGCUGUGACAUCGCAAGGUGACUCCAUCCUUCAUCUUACUGUGAAAUCGAACAGCUUCGAGACCGUGCAGUUCUUGCUGAACAGAACAGAUGAAAACGAUGAGCUGCUCAACUCCGGAGAUGCGAAAGGCAACACCGUCCUGCACCUUGCUGUGGCCAGAAAACAGCUCCAGACCGUGAAGUUGCUUCUGGGAAGGAGAGGUAUCGAAGUUAACGCCACAAACAUGAGAGGCGACACCGUCCUUGAUAUGCUACUGGAUUCACCCUGCCAGCUUGGAGAUCUGUUGUUGGGAGAACUGAUUCGAGCAGCAGGUGGAAGAACCACAGCAGAAGAAGGGAAGACUCGGCCGAAAUCGUCACCGGGUGAUGCCAGAGCCUCUGCCACUGUCGCGUCACACAGAAGCCGACCAAAUCGUUCUGAACCUAAAGAAAAGUACAACAACAAACCAGCAACACUAAUGUUGGUGGCGACGUUGAUCGCCACCAUCACAUUCGCAGCUGGGCUGAACCCCCCUGGUGGGUUUAAGCAGAAAGAUGAUGGUGGGUCGACUCCCCCCAUUGCAGAAGUCAAUUUUGAUGAGAGUUCAAGUGAAGGGGAGGCAGUUCUAAAAGAUGAUCUCGAGUUAUUCCUACUGUUCGACAUGUUCGGGUUGUUUGCAUCCUUGAGCAUCAUCCUCUUGUUGAUAUGUUGUGUGCCCAGACAGACUAAAAUGGUGAUGGGAAUCCUAAAGUGGAUUCUAUGGCUGGCGGUGUUCUCGACGGCAUUAGCAUUCUCGACCGCCAUUGUGCGAAUAUUUUCCUAUCAGCUCUACACUGUCAUCCUUCUCAUGAGUUGGUUCGGAAUUCUCAGUCUCUUCAUGAUUUGGGUGUGCUUUAGAGCGAUCAGAGGCUUGUUGCGCAAAGGUGGAUGCUGGAAGAAGAAAGAUGGAGAAGGAGAAAGCCAGGGAGUCCCCACAAGGGCCGUUGCCAUCCGCACGAAGAUUGUGGUGGGCGCGUUGAUGAUAAUUAUCUUUGGAGUAGUUCUUAUUGUAAAUUAUUUAGUGUUUGUUUAUAUAUUAAAUAUGCCAAAUAAUAGAAUAAUAUGAUCUAUCAUUAUUCUUAUAUGGUUUAUCCUUUAUCAUCCUUUAAAGUUACUUUAUCUUAUUUUCAGAAUGUAAUUUGCUUUAAUCAUUAUUAACUUUGGUUUUGUUGUUACAGAUGA